CAGACUGAACGCAAAGUCCUACAACUUUAUCAUCGAUUUUUAUGAUCAAUAAAGUAUUUUGCAGAUUAGUUUUUAAUUAUCAUUAUUGUAGAACUGAAAAUAAGUGUUGUAUGCUUAAAAGAGUGCCAGUGAGAACGACUGUGCUUUAUUAUGCGUAAUUACGUAAGCAUUUUCUACUGCUGAUAUGUCGUGGCAUGUUGAAUAUUUAAUUUUGCUGAAAUGGAUUAUAAUAUUGUUGAAAUCUAGGCUGCACAAAAUACGCAAAUGUUACUUUCCUUUUCAAUUUGUCCAAUACAUUUUUAUGAGGUUAGUAUCAUUGUGACGUCACGCAGCCGCGGAAUUUUAUAUCAUGGAUUUUAAUCAAUCCAAUAUUGUAGUCCUCGAUGUGGCUCAAGAGGAGUUACGCCUAUCUGCAAAGGUUUUCCUUUGAUGGAUACCAAGGAUGUUACACAUCUGUACCAGGAGAUACGGGAGGCAAAUUACGUCAAAGACGGGAUAGUAUGCCCAGUGCCACAAGCUGCCAUAGACUGCUGCCUGGCUGAGGAGACCCUGUCAGUCAGCCAGAGGACCAAUCCAAGGUCGGCCCAGGGGUUCAAGGUCCCCUCCAGCGAGCCCAUGGGUGGGCCAGAUAAGCAGGUUCAGACUCUGAGCAGUCUCCCUGGAGAAACCCACCAUAGAGCCCACCCUGGAGAUGGACCUCAGUCCAGCCCAACCGACCUUGGAGGUCAACCCAGCCCAGCUGUGGAAGAGGAGGCCCAGGCCCGGCCAGGCUCUGCUGUGCAGUCAGUCGUGUUCCAGAGAGCUCCAUCAUUGGACAGUCUACUGGAGGCCAACCACUCUCAAGUCUUGAUCAGCGCUCCAACCGAUGACGUCAUCAUCGUCCACUCUGCGAACCUUCAGGAGACCAUUGUCUUCCGAAGCGACAGUCGUCCAUAUUCAGGUGUAUCUCCCCGAGGUAGUUUGACUAGGAUUCCUUCGGUUGGUGAGGUUGUUAAGAUUGGGGUGAAUGACACAACAGAGGUGAUGUCUGAUGUGGUGGUGUUCCACCAAGUGCCCUCAGUGGAGAACCUGCCCUGCACGCCGUCUGCCUUGAGUAAUAUCUCUUUAGCUGCUGAGGAAACAGUGGAUCAGUUGAUGAGAAGCAGAGAAUUCUUACUGGAGAAUGUGGUGUCUGGCUCGCCGUCCAUUAAGAUGGUGGCUUCAGCUGCAGCUUUGCAGCAGGCAAACACAGAGAAAGUAUCCUCCUCAGAGAUAGUGGGAGUCGGCGCAGCACGGACAGUGUCCUCAGUCAGGAUACCCAGUAGAGAGGAGAGUGUGGGGAGAACAGCAGAGACACUAAAGAUAUACACAUCUCCACAAAUAUCUCUUCUGUCAGCUCAUUCUCCUGAAUAUCUGAAGGCUACAUACAAGCCAUCCACCUCCAGCCUUGCCAGGGUUUCCUCUGCACCUUGUGGUGAGAGAGAGGCAGCAGCAACUAUUUCACCUAAAUCCAGUCUGGCCAGUGUUUCCUCUGUCUCUACUGGUGAGAGAGCAGCAGAACCAGCCUGCAAAGAAGUAUUUUCUAAUGUGGAGGAGACUUACACAUUACCAUCAACAGAGGACCUACUGGUCUCUUCAACUGCUUCAGUUGGUAGAAUUUCACCAGAGGUGUCUGCAAUAUAUUCCAAAAGUGUUUUAUCAGGAAGAGCUUUCUCUGAGCCAGAAAUAGUUGGUGCAGCACACAGAGUGUCCUUAGUCAGGAUAUCCAGUAGACAGGAGAGUGUGGGGAGAACACCAGAUACACCAGAGAGACACACAUCUCCCAGAGUAUCUCCACAAGCAUCUUUUGUGUCAGACUCUCCAGUGAUGUUUGAAGAAGAGGACUGGUGUGUAAUUACCACUCACUCUGCUUCAGUGAAGAAAGCAGUCCAAUUGGCCCACUCAGAAAAUAUCUCUCCUAUUACUUCACCCAGCAUAGACCUGGCCUGGGAGGAGCUUCUGCAGACAUCAGCAUCCUUCGUGGAUAAAGUAGCCCUCAAGGCUUUAGACAUUGUGAACCAAAAAUUACAAUGCUCAGGGAUGGAAAUCUCUGAAUUGGCCUCAUCCAACCCUGUGGUUGUGUCUCAGUCUCUUAACACUCUCUCUUAUAAGGAUCUCUCUCACUUGCUUUCAGCUGUAGAGGAAUUCUCUACUGCCUCAGCAAGACGCUCAGAAGGUGACAUCACUGAAAGAGCUCCCUCUGAAACAGCAGUAGAGGGAGAAGCAAUCUCUGUUAGGGAGAUUACACCAGCAGUGUCUGCAAGGUGUUCUGCCAGUAAUGUAUCAGAAAGAAUUCCCUUUGAAACAGUAGUUUUGGGAGCAGCAGUGCUAUCAGAGUCACCAACUGCACUUGACUUUGUGGGUGAGGCUUCACCAGCAGUGUCUGCAAUAUGUCCUGCUAGUGACUUACCAGAAAGAGCUUCCUCUGAAACAGCAGUAAUGGACUCAGCGCCCAGAGUGAUGCACUCUGCACCAUCAAUGGAUGAGCUACUGGUUUUACCAACUUCUGUUGAUGCGUUUUCACCAGCAGUGUCUGCAAGAUCUUCAAGAGGUACUUUGUCAAAAAGAGCUCCCUCAGAAACAGCAGUGGAGGGGGUAAGAUAUUCUGAAAGUGGUUUAUCAGGGAGCGCUUUCUCUGAAACAGAACUAGUUGAUGCAGCACAGAGCGUGUCCUCAGUCAGGAUACCCAGUAGAGAGGAGAGUGUGGGGAGAACAGCAGAGACACCAGAGAGACACACAUCUCCCAGAGUAUCUCCACAGACAUUUUCAGAGUCAGCUACAGGCUUGUCAUCUAAGCCAGAGCCCCCUCUGAGUGAUUGUCUAACAGAGUCAGGCUCUUUGGAAGUCAUCUUUAAUAUGGAGGAGACUUAUACAACACUAUCUAUGGGGGAGAUUGUUCCUCCAACUCCUUCUGGGGAUGGCAUUUCUGCCUCUACUGGUGAAAGAGCAGCAGAAUCAGCUUCUAGAGAACUGUUGUAUAUGGAUGAGACAUAUAAACCACCAUCAAUGGUAGACCUACCAGGGUCUUCAGCUGCUGUUGGAGGCAUUUCACCAGCAGUGUCUGAUAGAUGUUCACAAAGUGAAUCGGCAGAAAAAGCUCCCUCAGAAACAGCAUUAGGCAGACACACAUCUUCCAGAGUACCUCCUAAAGUUCCUCUACAAACAUCCUGGAGCUCAGCUACAGGCUUGGCAUCUAAGUCCAGUUUGGCCAGGGUUCCCUCUGUGUCUCUCAGUGGUGGUGCAAAAGAACCAGCUCAGAUAGACAAAACACUGUCAAUGGAGGAGCUACUGGCGUCUCCAUUGUAUUCUCAGUGGGCAAUGUCACCAGCCGGUUCUGAAAGAGUGUCCUCAGUCAGGAUACCCAGUAGAGAGGAGAGUGUGGGGAGAACAGCAGAGACACCAGAGAGACACACAUCCCCUGGAGCUUCUCCAAGAGUUUCUCCACAAACCUCUCUUGUAUCAGCUCACGUUGGUGAAUCUCUGUCUGGUACAGACAUUUCUCCACAAUCCAGUCUGCCUAGGAUCCCCUCUGAACCAUCAAUGGACAGAUACACAUCUCCCAGAGUUUCUCAACGAGUUUCUCCACAAUCCAGUCUGGCCAGGAUUCCCUCUGCACCAUCAAUGGAGGAGCUACUGUUGUCUCCAUCUGCUUCUGUUGAUAGAAUUUCUACAGUAGUUUCAAGACGAUCUUUAAGAAGUAGUUUGUCAGAAAGAGCUCCUUCUGAAACAGUCAUAAGGUAUUCUGAAAGCGUUUUAUCAGGAAGAGCUCUCUCUAAAACAGAACUAGUUGAUGCAGCACAGAGAGUGUCCUCAGUCAGGAUACCCAGUAGAGAGGAGAGUGUGGGGAGAACACCAGAGAGAUGCACAUCUCCCAGAGUUUCUCCUAGAAUGUCUCCCAGAAUUUCUCCCAGAGUUUCUCCACAAUCCAGUCUGGCCAGGAUUCAAUCAGCACCAUCAAUGGAAGAGCUACUGGUGUCUCCAUCUGCUGCUGUUGGCAGAGUAUCUCCAGCCAAGAGUGGAGUUUCUCUAGUAAUGUCUCUAGGAAUUUCUGCAGCCAAUGUGGUUGGGCCAGUGUGUUUCAAAGAUGUGUCACAGAUUAUGCCGACUAAAAUACCAGAGAAUCAGGGUUCGGCCUCCUCCGUCAGCAUACCCAGUAGAGAGGAGAGUGUGGGGAGAACAGCAGAGACACCAGAGAGACACACAUCUCCCAGAGUAUCACCAAGAGCUUCUCCAAGAGUUUUUCCACAAACCUCUCGUACAUCGGCUCACGUUGGUGAAUCUCUGUCUGGUACAGACAUUUCUCCACAAUCCAGUCUGCCUAGGAUUCCCUCUGAUCCAUCAAUAGACAGAUACACAUUUCCCAAAGUUUCUCAAAGAGUUUCUUCACAAUCCAGUCCGGACAGGCAUCCCUCUGCACCAUCAAUGGAGGAGCUACUGUUGUCUCCAUCUGCUUCUGUUGGUAUAAUUUCACCAGCAGUUUCAAGAACAUCUUCAGAAACAGCUCCUUCUGAAACAGUCAUACGAUAUUUUGAAAAUGAUUUAUUAGGAAGAGCUUUCUCUGUAACAGAACUAGUUGAUGCAGCACAGAGAGUGUCCUCAGUCAGGAUACCCAGUAGAGAGGAGAGUGUGGGGAGAACAGCAGAGACACCAGAGAGACAGACAUCUCUCAGAGUUUCUCCUAUAACUUCUGCAAGAGUUUCUCCAAGAUUUUCUCCACAAACAUCUCUUCUAUCAGCUCAAGUUGGUGAAUCUCUGUCUUGUACAGACAUUGCACCACAAUCCAGUCUGCCCGGGAUUCCAUCUGCAGCAUCAAUAGAGGAGCUACUGAUGUGUCUAUCUGCUUCUGUUGAAAGAAUUUCACCUGCAGUUUCAAGAUCUUCAAGAAAUAGUUUGUUAGAAAGUGCUUCCUCUGAAAAAGCAACAGUUAAAGCAGUAUACAGAGAAGAGAGUGUGGAGAGAACAGCAGAAACAACAGAGAGUCACACAACUCAACAAGUCUCUUUCACAGCUCCUUUGGCAACAUCUAAGACAAGAGUCCUUUCUGAUGUGGCAGUUUUGUACAGACCAUCCAUUGCUGAAGGCCUUUGUCUUGAGGUCUUGGACAUGGAGUCUGACCAGGUGAAAACACCAAUGAGUGACAUCACUGCACAAGCUCCCUCUCACACUGCAGCAAUGGAAACAGCUCAGGAUACAGUCAGGAUACCCAGUAGAAAGGAGAGUGCAAGGAGAGCAGCAGAAACACAAACAUAUUUUGAAUCAGGAUUAUUGGACAACAGUACACAAGUUUCAGGAACUUCAGUCCGCCUUCAUGAAGAGGUGACUGCCCACCCUACAGAAGUGCAGAUCCUGCAACUUGGAAUUUCUCUAGGAGUUUCUCUACCCAAUAUGGUUGGGCCUCAAAACACACAGUCACAGAGUGUGCAGACUGGACCAGAUUAUCAUGGCCCACCCUCGCAUAGCGUUCCUAUUGGAGCAGGACGUGUCACUCCUGAUGUUCAGCCUGCCUUCGAGAAUUUUACCAAUCAGGUCUGGACACUGUACCACUUGGCCAAUGAGACGGAGGAGGGCACACUGUCCACUAACACUAUCUCCCAGCCUCCGUUCAAUGGAAGUGCUUUCAUUCGCAACUUUGGGUCUGGACAUGUGUUAUUGGCAGAGAGGUCCCCUUCCCCUCAGCAGUCUGACCCCCAGUCCUGGUGUGGCCGACCCAGACAACAGCCCCAGCCACCACCUUUCCCAAUGUACCCAAGAAGGGCCUUCACACCCAGGUCACAGAGAUCAACCCUCCGCCCUCCACCCCAGCAUCCAACUAUGCUCAAUCUGGAGAUCAGCAUCCCCAACAACUUCCUGUUCCUCGAUUGCAACCAGGUGUCCCUGAGCCAGAGCGCUCGUAGUGUUCCGACCGCAAUGUUUUCCAGGUCGAGAUCUGCUGUGGUCAGGGCGGACGACCCCCCGGGGUACCUGUCCUUCUCCGUUCCAAUGGAGAUGGUUAGCGGAGGUUCCGGUCGGGACGGUCAGGCCCAGUCCCUGCAGGUCAUCAGUGAUGAAGGAAACACUGUUUACUCCCCCGCUCUCAUACGCAUUGUCACCUCUGAACCCACAUAGAAAGAGGACCAGGAAGGAUCCGGGAGGUGGCCAACUAGUGCCCCAUUUAAUUGGUAGGGGACUGUUGUCUAGUAUCAAUAAACAUGUGUGUAUAUCAU